GGUUUGCAGCGUAAUCCCAAAAGUCUACUGCCAAUGCCCGUGGAAGACUCAUCAAUGCGACGCUCGUGCUCGCUCAGCGACUUGCAUAUGGGAAUUAGCGGCAACAUGGGUAAAUCUGGUAAAUCCAAUGGUAGUCAAUUGAAAAAUCCAGGCGUUGUUUAUCGUAAUAGCACAGCGACAAGGUCUGCCAGCAAGCGCAAUAGUCUACAACUGAAAAGCUCGACUGGUUUGGGUGCAUCGAGUUCAUCGAUUGGUGUACUAAAUCAAGCGAGUGAUUCUGAAAAUGAGGACAACAAUCGUGGUCGCAGUAGCGGAAGUAGUUCAAAUCGUACUAAUGGACCUACCGCCGCCAAUCGACAGUAUGCAAACAAGAAUUCUAACACAAAUAACAAUCGGCGAAAAGGUUUACAGCCGAAUUUCAGCAAUGCCGCUCCACUGCAAGACGAUUCCAGCUCCGAAGAGACGCCCGGCGGUUCGUCCAACUCCAAACCAAUAGUGCCACCACGCCCGCGUAAUUUAACUUUCGAUCAUAAAAGCAAAGUGCUCAACAGUCCAAAUGUGAUGAAGCAACGUGGCGUAUUUGAAGCGCCUGAAUUUGGCGCACUCGAAAGUUCUGAUCCGAAAUCACAAGUGCACAAUGUGAUUAACAAUUUAUAUACAACAACACAAACGGUUAUGCAACUGCAUGCGAAUCUAAAGAAUUGUGAGGAUUCAUUAAUGUUAAAGGAACUGGAGAAUGCUGUGAUUAUGACACAAAAUAUGUUAACAAACAUUACACAAAAUAAGUGAGUAGCAUGCGAUGGUGAUUUUCUUCU